CCGGCACUGCGCUAGAAAGCUUCACUGGUUUUAGUCUGUAGUUGAAUAUUUGUUAUAUGUACAUUUGUGUUCUUAUUAACAGAGUUUUUUGAGUAGGAUAUCUACUCAAUCUAAUCUACAAUGAAUUGUUACGAAAACGACAAUGACGAGGGGGGUAACCCCCCGUUAACCCCCCCUGAAAAGCAAAUUAUACCGGAAAAAUCACGCUCAAAAUACAUUAACGCUUAUAAUACUUUCCGGGAAUGGCAGCAAAAAAAUAACAACGAAAUCAUAUCCGAAAAUGUCCUUCUAGAAUAUUUUUCCGAACAAGCGAAAAUAUGGAAACCCUCGACCUUAUGGGCUCAAUAUUCAAUGACAAGGGCCAUGCUAAAUGUGAAUCAACAAAUUGACACCAAACCGUACAAGAAACUGACCGCUUUCCUGAAAAACCAAGCAAAAGGUUUUCAGUCAAAAAAAGCAAAAGUUUUCACGCCUAAAGAGAUCAAGAACUUCAUAACUGAAGCCCCAGAUGAUGUAUACUUGAGUGCCAAGGUUAUCGCAAUUUUUGGGGUGACAGGGGCAUGCAGAUGCGGUGAAUUCCCGGACAUACUGUGCGAUUAUGUGAAACCAAAAGGAGACAUUUAUCUGGUGGAAAUUCCAAAAACGAAAAAUUGCGUUCGGAGGUCGUUUACAAUUACAAACGAAAUGGUGGACAUCGUGGGGAAAUACGCAGCAUUACGCCCUAUUAAUGUCAAGACCAAUCGUUUUUUCCUCAACUACCAAAAAGGCAAAUGUACUGUGCAACCUAUUGGGAUCAACAAGUUUCGAAAAACUCCUCAAACGAUUGCCAAGUAUUUGCAGCUUGAUAACCCGGAACUGUACACUGGGCACAGCUUCCGCAAAACAUCCGCAUCCAUGUUAGUCGAUGCUCUUAAGCAUUGCUUGGGGAAUUCAGAAGAGGGACCAAAAGCAGUGAAAUCAGAAGAGAUCUCGGACACUGAAAUUGAACUCGAUAACGCGGAGCAGAACUUCCGCAUCACAUCCGCAACCGCGUUGGACGAUGCAGGAGAAGACUUUACAGAAAAAAAACGUCAAAAAUUUGACAACGUAACGGAAGUUAAAUUGGAAGACAACGAACUUGAAAAUACUUACGAAAGUACCGAGAUGAACUAUAAUUAUUCUCACAUUAAGAUUGAGAAACAGGAAUAAUUGCAAAAAGAAUGUUGCAUGUUUUAUUUUGGUAAUAAAUUAU